AUGGACAACCUUACCUCUGUCACCGCUGCGCUCGACGCAGGAAAGCUCCCCACCACCCAACAGCUGAACGUCUUUAUCGACUGGCUUACCAAAUCAGCUAUCCCAAGUGUUGAACCGUCUCAAGACACCCUUAGCGGUCAGGGCCGUGUGCUCGCCAGAGAUAUUCGCGGUAUUCUCGAGGCGUACAAGACUUUGGGCGCUAACAAGAACAACGACAAUCUUCUACAAGAGGCUCUCUGGAAUCUCUCCCAGACCGAGGUCGAUGUAGCCGUCGAUACUCCUGAGCAGCUCGUCAAUAAGAAAGAAGUCUCCUCUGACGCCAACGCCGUUCGUGAUUCUCUCAGGACAAUCAUUUCCAUUGUCUGGGAGAGCAUUUCUUCUGAAGGCGGCUUCCUUCUGAGCGACUUCGCCUCUUUCAUGCGGUUGACUCUUGCUGAUGCCGCAGAGGCUCUCGAGGGCCAAGCGGGUCGUGCUAAGGAGGGGUUGCGCGACGUCGAGCAGGAAGUUCAAGACGGAAAGCGCGAUAAUCUGGGCCGCGACAAGAAGCGUCUCGAGGAAGAACAGGAUGUCAAAGUCGCCUUUGAACACGGGAUGGAUACUUUGAAGGGUGCCGGCUCAACCGUCAUUGGCACCGGUCAAACUCUCAAACAAAAGGCCGAGGCUACCUCCGACCGUACCACUAGUCGCCUCCAAGAUGCUUAUUACAAGGCUUGCGAACGAGCUCAAAAAGAUCCCGCCUACCAUGAUUCACUAUCCACCCUUUUCGACACUGUCCAUAAAUGGGUCGACAAGUCUUUCGAAAAUACCACCAACGAGCCUUGGUCCUUCGACACCCUUGUUAUCGACGAAUCGCCAGAUCAAAGAGUCCACAAGGCUCUUGAGGCAUUCAAAACCCUCCUUAAUCGUCUAGCCGAACCAAAAACCUCGGUCGAUGAUGUCCUACAAAAAGCGAAGAACUUUUCCUCGGCCGUGCGCGAUGAUUCUGUUGAAGUAAAGACUUGGGUCGACAAAUUCUUCGAGCACUUGCGCCGGAGUUUGGAUGACCCUGAAUAUCCGCGUUCUCAGCGAGCGCGUGUUGUCCGCCACGAUCUUCGUCAACGCGGUCAAUAUAUCCUUGACACCGAAAGCGACGCUGGCCGCACUUGGGCCGAGCUCAAGGAGACUUUGCGAACUUUCUUUGCUGCGCUCGCUUCUGAUGAAGAUAUCAAGCGGGUCAGGGAUGCCCACAUCAAGUUUGGCGAGGACGUCGAAAGUGGUUUGGUUGAGGCGAGUGAAGAGGCAGAGACAGGAGUCCAAGCAGUUCUCGAACGCGCAGCUUGGUUUUGGCGAGAUCUUUUCGCUGUUUAUGCUCCCAGGUUCCUCGCGAUGCUCAAAGACAUUCCGAUUCCCAGAACCGAGUAUGUUGACAACGACAUGGAGCUUGUCCUCGAAAAUGUUGAUGUCUCCUCAUUUGGGCUCAACCCGGCCCACAUCUUCAUCCGCAACAUUACCGAUGUCGACGUUCGCACCACUGAAAAAGCAGAGACCUUCGCUGGUGUUGGCGGCUUCACUCAUAUCCGUCUGCAAGCCGUCCAACUCGCACUCAGGAAUGUUUCCUUCUUCUACAAGGACAAAACAUCCUCUAUCCCGCCCAACGAGUUCACCGGCCUGUUGGAGCUCACGAUGCCACCACAGGGCAUUGAUAUCGACAUCAAAGUCCGACUCAUUCCAUCUGCCAAAGAGCGCGAAGCCGCGCGAGCAUACCACCACAUUGAGCUUCUCGAUGUGCAGAUCUCCGACUCGGUCGAGCUGACUGUGCGCGAGAGCAACCACGCAAUCAUGCUCGCGAUCUUCAAGCCCAUCUUCAACAUGCGCUUCCGCGAAGCGCUUGCCAAAGCGCUGAGUGAGCAUUUGCGGAUGUCCCUGAACUGGCUCGGAGGUGUUGCCUGGGAUGUAGGUCGGCGAGCGGAGGUUUUCAAGGACGCUGGUGCGGGCAGCGGGACUGCGUUUGUCGGCGCUGUUUGGUCUGAGUUAGGCCGUUUGCAAAGAGAACGACGGAGCGGUUGGAAGGCUACCGGAACUGGGGUUGUUCUUGCGGUGCCUGACUGCGGCCCCGACCAAGGAGGGGCCAAGUUUGCGAUGGGAGCGGAGCCGCAGGUGUUGAGUGGAGACAAACGAGGGCCAUUGGGCACGGGGUCGGACAGUGUUCAGCACAAAGUCGACGAGGCGGUCAGCUCCGUCAAGGGCCAAGUUGAAGACCUCGGCAUCGAUGUGAAGGACGCAAAGAAAGACGGUCAGGAUGCGGCGCAACAAGUUAAAUCACAGCUGCAUGGCCUGGCGGAUGAGGGGAAGCAGCAAAUUCGGUCGUUCCAGCGGACGGUGGAGAGUGAAGCGGCAGCCGAACGCAAGAACGAGGGCUGGAAGAGCGCUGCUUUUGAUUUCUGA